AUGUCGUCGCCACCGCCAGCGUCUACUUCGCCGGCCGGCUCGCUGCCCGCUUCCACGACCGCCACCACCUCCGUCGCCGCCAUCACGUCGCCGUCCGCCCCGCCAUCGACCCCCGCCGUCUACACUCCCGAGCAGAUGAGCGGGGUCAUCAACGACCUCGUCACCGCUGUCCAGGGGGAUCCGGCCGUACCCGAUCGGUUCCCGGGGCCGCCAGCGCCGAUGCAGCCGCCCGCCGCCACCACCGCGGCGUCCGCACCCCGGCUGCCCGCGCUCCCGGCGCGACGAUGUCGCCGCCUCGCCACCGGCCUGCCCUGCCGGCGUGGCCGCCGCCCAUAA